CAGACUUGCCCAUCCCUAAAUGACAGGUAAUGUUUGUAUCUGUCAUAUACAUGGUUCAGUGUAACUCAAGUAAACACAGCGACAUUUCGAGCAACGAUAUCACUCGGUUCGUCCACGUAAUAUUUCGACAUGGGCAACUGUUGCGCUUCCUGUUACAAAGAACAGUCGUCAUACGAAGAUCUUACUCCUGAUCGGGAGACUAUGCGAAGGAGGCAAGUUGAAGCAGCAGAAAGAAGAAUAGCGGAGCAGCAACAACGAGGUAUAAAAAAUAUAGAUGUUGUUAAAAGACAGCAGAAGUUAACGCUGGAACGUGAGAGGCGAGAACAAGAAGCUGCUGCCAGCAAUACACAACCUAAGUUAAAAUGGCAGGUGAACUAAAUUGUGGAGAGGUACUGUUUAUAUAUAUAUAUAUAUAUAUACCGCAUACAUUUAAUUGCAAGAUGUUAAAUAUAUUUAAAAGAAGUAUGUCUAAUUGGAUGUGGUGAUACAGGGAUUUCGUGUUAUUAACAACAUGUCACGAUCACACAAGUGCAAUCUUAUCUUGUACAAUUUAAGAAUUCACAGAAUUAAUUUAUAAGAGUUAGCGAGUUUUUAAUUUAAACAUCACGUCAUCUGAAACCAAACGGUUGAUACUAACGUUUGUCUUUGGCUAGCUUAAUUUGCAUCACAACACUUUUAUAAUGAGUGUGUUCUGAGAGACACAAUUGAUAUGUUGCGUUUGUUGAGAAAUUUUAUAUCACAUUUGAAAUUUCACUCAACUUCAUUCAACUUCUGCUUAAAUCUAUUAAAUACAUAAUUGUCCAUUUUCUUAUUCGGUGACAUAUUUAUGGAGAAUAUGUAUGAUAUAUUGUUGAAUAAUUUAUUUGUAACGUACACACGUAUAUAAAGAUAUAUAAAUUAUAUAUUUACAUAUUUAUAUGUUUGCAAUUUUACACAUGCAUAAUUAUAAAUUAUAGCUAAAUAGAACAGCAAAACAAAGAAGUAUUUUAAUCCAUUGUUAGCUUUACUUUUAACGAAAAUGUACUUUCGUGAUAGCCAGGUUUCAAAUUUUUUAUUUUAUCGGUGUGCCUAUAUUUUAAAAAAUGUCUGUGUGUGCACUGAGAAAUAAGACUAAAAAUGAGUCAUGAUAUAAUCACUUAUACAUGAAGAUUUAUAUAUAUUGAGCUACAUUUGAUAUUUGUAAUAUUUGAUAAUUGUGAUAUAUGAAAGAGGUAAUUCCCCAAUUAAACUCUAAUAUUAUAUUUAUAUCUGUAAUAUAUUGUAUUUGGAAAUAAUACAAAAUAUACAUUUACUAUUAGAAUAUUACUACUAUUAUUAUAUUAUGUUACAUAUAUUGUAAAGCAGCAAUAUGCUGCAUGGUAAAUGUACAAAUGUAUCAGAAAUUACAAAGAUAUUGAAAUGAUGUUUCAAUAUAUUUUUUAUUCAUUCGAACGUGUCUUUUGCAUUAAAUUUUGCAUAUAUUAGAAAAAUCUUAAUAUAUAUAAAUUACGAUUUAAUAUAUAUAUAUGUAUAUAUAUAUAUAUGUAUAAUUUAUCUUAUAUAAUUCUCUCUCGUCACAAAAAUUAUGUACUAAAGAGUGAAACUUCUUGUUAAUACAAUUGUACAGAACGCUGAACGACAUCAUAUGGAAUGUUAUUAUUAAAAUGCUGAAAAUGA